AUGCGUUGGGCUAUUCUCCAGAGCCCUAAUUUCUUCAAACUGCGUACCCAAAAGUGGUCAUACUCGCUUGUUGUCUUCUUCAAAACUUUAUUCGCACAUCCAUACCCACUUGAGGGAUACAUUAGUAAUGAUAUGAAUGAGUCGGUGCAUAUGUCGGGUGAUGAUCGUGUUGAGUUUGUCGAUGUGUCUAACGCUGACAUCGGUCGUAAGGUGUCCAACACAAGUAAUCGCAGAGUGUGGUCAAUAGAGGAGGAAACAACCUUAAUUAAUGGAUUAAAAGAAAUUAUUGCACGUGAGCACCACAUGAACCAAGCGUUCCCGAGCACAGACAUUAAGGCCGACCCACAUAUUUCUUCUAGGAUACAUUACUACGUGUCCUUGAGUUUGAUGAUGGGCUCGUCUGGUUUUGGUAGGUCUGAGACCGGCGCGAUGAUUGAAGUGAAAGAUCCGGAAUGGAAUGCUUUUUUGAAGGUCGACCCAAAAGCAAAACCAAUGAGGGCUACCAGUGAGAAUGAGACAGGAUUUGUUGCUGCAGUUAAUGAUGUUUUAAACAUGCCUUCGACGCCAACUACUCCAAAUCCAUCUAGAAGAUCGGAUACUCAUCAAACCAGCCCACCUGAAGAACCACUUAAGAAGGAGUCAAAUGUGCAUUUAAGUGAGAGUAGCAUCGAGAAAGAAAAGAAAACGUCUGAGGAUGAUGAUCAGUUCUUUGGGAUGUUGUCGUCCUUCUGCAAGCAAACCGCAGAGAACAUAUUGCAAAUAGCGGUGAGUGUCGGUCAUGCACACGCUGAAAAAGAACAACGUAGCAAGGUGUACGAGGCCUUAGUUGUUAUCACCAACCUAACAAUGGAAGAGAAACUUCGAACGUCCAAAUACCUUAGUCAUGAAUACGACACACGG